GUUGUGAAUCGCCGGAGUGAGCCACCGUCGCCGGAGGAUACUUGUGAAUCGCCGGCGGCUGUAAUUCUUUCGAUUGCAAUAGAAAAAAGAGAAAAAAAAGAAAGAAAGAAAGAAAGAAAGAGAAAUCAAUUUACUACUGUGGUGGGGUCAGAAUACCAUAAAUCUGUCUUCAUCCGGUUUUGUUUUCCGAUUAGGACUGAAGAAGAGGAAAUUCUGUGGCGGGUUUGUUUUCUCUUUCCUUUUUACCCUUUUUAUUAUUCCCUCCAUUCUUAUUAUCAAAGGUGAUGGAAGAUACCGAGAGUUGUGGGAGUAGAGUAACGCCGGAAUCAUCUUCGACCAAUUCUCGCCAUGAAAGGCUUAAACUUGAGGCUUAUAAUGAGGUUCUUCGCCGUCUUAAAGAUUCUGAUAUUCAAGAAGCUCAUCAGCCUGGUUUUGAGGAUGAACUUUGGAUCCACUUCAAUCGCCUUCCUGCUCGUUAUGCACUUGAUGUGAAUGUUGAAAGGGCAGAAGAUGUUCUUAGACAUAAGAGAUUACUGCAAUUGGCUUAUGAUCCUGCUAAUAGACCUGUUUUUGAUGUUCGUCUUGUACAAGCGGUUCCUCCAGUUGUGGUUGAUGCGAGUACAGCCGAUUCUCUUUGUUCAAACUCUCCGAAGCUGGUGGGAGGAUUACAGGCACAAAGAAGUCUUCCACCGCCUACUUUUGGUUCAUCGCCUAAUCUCGAGUUCCAUGCACUAGAAUCAACAACCAAAUCUCAAGAUCAACAUGAGGAAGCUGCUAUUUCUGGUGGAGAAUCUUUCUGGCCUAUGCAUGAAAUAACAUAUUCUUCUGACGACAAACCGAAACUCCUCAGUCAGUUGACUGCUUUGCUAGCUGAGAUAGGACUGAACAUUAAGGAAGCACAUGCUUUUUCUACAACAGAUGGAUAUUCAUUGGAUGUCUUUGUUGUUGAUGGUUGUCCAUAUGAGGAAACUGAACAACUUCGAACCUCGAUAGAAAAAGAACUUCUAAAGAUCGAGAAUCCAUCACCGCGUCAUCCCUUUUCUCCUUUAGUUGAUUCUGGGCUUCUUAAUCACUUGACAAUACCUAAUGAUGGAAAAGAUGUUUGGGAGAUAGAUCCUCGGUUGUUGAAAUUCGAGGGAAAAGUUGCUUCUGGUUCAUAUGGCGAUUUGUACAAAGGUACAUAUUGUAGUCAAGAAGUAGCCAUUAAAGUACUCAACCCAGAUAGAGUAAAUACAGACUUAUUUAAGGAAUUUGCUCAAGAAGUGUUCAUUAUGAGGAAAGUGCGGCACAAGAAUGUCGUGCAAUUUAUUGGUGCGUGUACUAAGCCACCGAGCUUGUGCAUCAUAACAGAGUUCAUGUCUGGUGGAAGUUUGUAUGAUCAUCUACAUAAACACAAAGCUUCCUUCAAGUUACCAUCUCUUCUCAGAGUAGCUCUUGAUAUAUCAAAGGGCAUGAAUUAUCUCCAUCAAAACAACAUCAUUCACAGGGAUUUGAAGGCUGCAAAUCUUUUAAUGGAUGAAAAUGAUGUUGUUAAGGUGGCUGAUUUUGGAGUCGCUAGAGUUCAAGCUCAAUCUGGAGUCAUGACUGCUGAAACCGGGACAUAUCGAUGGAUGGCUCCUGAGGUUAUUGAACACAAGCCAUAUGAUCACAAAGCUGAUGUUUUUAGCUUUGGAAUUGUAUUGUGGGAGUUGCUAACUGGGAAGCUUCCCUACGAGUACUUGACGCCAUUGCAAGCUGCUGUCGGGGUAGUUCAAAAGGGAUUACGGCCUACCAUUCCAAAGAACACAAACCCAAGAAUCGUGGAGCUUCAAGAGAGAUGCUGGCAGCAAGAUCCAUCCUCGAGACCCGACUUUAAUGAAAUCAUCGAUAUUCUUCAACAAAUAGCCAAUGAGGUUGGAGAAGAGGGUGAUAGCGGGAAGAAGGAUAAAGAGAAAUCAUCGGGUGGAUUUCUAUCAACUCUGCGACGAGGAAGAAAUCAUUGAAACCGAUCACCAUUUUUCCUUUUGUUGAUUUGAGCGUGUUUUGUACAGCCGGUAGUAUCCCUUGAUACACAGAGCUAUCAUAAACAUCCAUAUUAUGUUUCAUCAUUUUUUUUAAGAUUUCACAAACAUGUUUGAUUGUUUUGUUCUUAGUAUAAUUAGUUACUAAGAUUCUUGAUAAAUUAAACUUUGACUGUAAAAUAUAACAUAACAUAAACAUUCGAUAAAUCAUUACGAAUUCAACCAUUUUGUAA